AUGUGGAUAUUGACGCUCCGCGGAAAGCUGUGUCUAUGUCCCAAGGGCGAGGAAGAGAAUAAGCGCGUCUUGGACUGCGGCACCGGGACGGGAAUCUGGGCGAUGGAAUAUGCUGAUGCACACCCCGAAGCUCAAGUCAUCGGCGUCGACUUAAGCCCCAUGCAACCAUCAUGGGUCCCCCCAAACCUCUCCUUCGAGCUCGACGACCUCGAAAAGGACUGGACCUGGUCCAAGCCCUUCGACUUCAUCUUCGGCCGCGUCCUCGCGGGCUCCAUCUCCUCCUACCCGGACUUCUUCGCCAAAGCCUACGCGCACCUCGAGCCCGGCGGCUACCUCGAGAUGCAGGACUUCGCCCUCCCCUACCGCUGCGACGACGGCACGCUCCCGCCCUCCUCCCCGCUCCACCGGCUGUCGACGCUCUUCCGCGAGGGCACCGCCAAGGCCGGGCGGCGGAUGGACCUCGCGCCGGCGUACGCGCGCAUGAUGGAGGCGGCGGGAUUUGAAUGCGUGACGGAGUGGACGAGCAAGUGGCCGAUGAAUAGGUGGCCGCGGGAUCCGCAUUACAAGGAGAUCGGGAUGUGGACGCACGCGAAUCUGGAUACCGGGCUAGAGGGGCUGACGCUGGCGCUGUUUACGCGGUUUCUGGGCUGGAGCCGGGACGAGACGCUGGCGUUUUGCGCGGAGGUUAGGAUGGCGUUGAGGGAUUGUCGGACGCAUGCGUAUUUGCCGAUGUGA